CAAGAGAGUUGACCGAUAGACUGGGAGAAUGAGAAGAACGCUACGCAACGCAUUUCUUGCUAUUCUGGAUUUUUUAUUUGGGCAACCAAAAAAAAAAAAAAAUCAUAAUCCCUUUGAUUUUGGUCUUGGAUUACAUCACCCAUCAAUUGCCUUGUUUCUACAUGUGCAGAACGGAAGAUGGGUUAGGUGCAGUGCAGCUCCAUAUUUAUAUCCGCCUAUGCUACAGAACUCCCGAUUCGAAUCCCCACUUCCAUUCACAGAUACGAGGGAGAAUGGAUUCAGCGGAGGUUCCUAAAGAAGAAAUUCUUCAACCAUCUCAUUUGGCUCUCGAUAUUGGAGGAUCUCUUAUCAAAUUGGUAUAUUUCUCAAGAAAUAAUAACAGGCUUACUGAUAAAGAGCAUAAGACUCUUGGCGAGGGUCCUGGUGUUUCCAGUGGUGAUGGCAGUUAUACUGUUCUUAAGGGGAAGCUCCAUUUUGCAAAGUUUGAAACAAGCAAGAUAAAUGACUGCUUGGAGUUUAUUCGUUGCAACAGACUUCACCUUGGUGGUUUCUGUGAACAUGAGGUUCCUCGUGACAAGAUCUUUGUUAAGGCCACAGGCGGUGGGGCAUACAAGUUUGCUGACCUUUUCAACGAAGAGCUUGGGAUUAGUCUUGACAAGGAAGAUGAGAUGGACUGCCUGGUGUCCGGUGCAAAUUUUCUACUUAAGGCAGUUCAACAAGAAGCUUUCACAUACUUGCAUGGUCAUAAGGAAUUUGUGCAGAUUGACCAUAACGAUUUGUACCCCUAUCUUCUUGUUAAUAUUGGUUCUGGUGUUAGUAUGAUCAAGGUAGAUGGAGAUGGCAAGUUUGAGAGAAUUAGUGGUACCAACCUCGGAGGGGGCACAUUUUGGGGUUUAGGAAGGCUUUUAACUAAAUGCAAGAGUUUUGAUGAGUUAUUGGAGCUAAGUCAUCAAGGAAAUAACAGAGUUAUUGACAUGCUUGUUGGUGAUAUCUAUGGUGGAAUGGACUAUUCAAAGGUAUAGCAAGCAGUUUAUUAUGCCCUGGUAGAAUGAUGAUUCCAGUUAAGUAUACUUUUAAACAUCCCUUUGAAGUGUGCCAUGUAAUGGCAGCCACAAUUGUUGUUCAGUAUUGUGGAAGUCCAUCAGUUUCCACAUUGUUGCCCAAGAAGAAUAAUUUUCCACAUUAAUCAAACUAGUCGUGAUAAUUGAAUCAGAAACUCUUUUCAUGAUGACAGAUUGGUCUAUCAUCAACAACAAUUGCUUCCAGCUUUGGCAAGGCAAUUUCUGAUAAAAAAGAGCUGGAAGAUUAUAGACCUGAAGAUAUCUCUCGGUCCCUUUUACGUAUGAUUUCAAAUAAUAUUGGACAGAUCUCCUACUUGAAUGCACUUCGAUUUGGGCUCAAGCGGAUAUUUUUUGGUGGAUUUUUUAUUCGCAGUCAUGCCUAUACCAUGGACACCAUUGCUGUUGCAGUUGAUUUCUGGUCUAAAGGUGAGGCCAAAGCAAUGUUCUUGAGGCAUGAAGGGUUCCUUGGAGUACUGGGCGCAUUCAUGAGCUACCGAAAAGAGAGUUGCUGUGGCUUAACAGUAGAUGAAGCAGCACAACAAUUCCCAAUAAGUGUUUCCCAUAGUGGAGAUAAGAUCUAUUGCCCCUCAAAUCAGGAUUUGAAUGACAGUAUUGAGUGCUGUGUCUAUGCAACCAAGCAUCAUUUGUAGCAUCAUCAUCUUUCUUUGGCUUAUAUACAGACUAAUCAAGGCAAACUUUUGGAAACCCUACUUCCCCAGAAACUGAAGGUAGAAAGUUGCAUAAACAUGUGUAACAUAGUUGAUACGUUCUAUUUAUAGGACCCUUGAAUGGAAAGGAUAUAGAAACAAUAAAAAGAGUGAUGGCUGACAAUUAAACAUGAUCGUGUAGUGUCUGUGCCUGCCUCCGUUGUGCCUGCCAUGUGUGAUGUAUGUAGCUUGUCUGACUAAUAAAAUAGUUUCUACCAAAAGAAUCUGUAAGGGGUCGAUUAUCAAUAGUGAAAAAGAUUGACAGUUUAUUUGGGAACUUACAUAAGCAAUACAAACAGUUUAUGUAAUAGAAGAGAAUUUUACGA